GAGCACAAUGAUCCCGGAAGAUCUGGGUAAUUUUAUACCCAGAAGGCAAACUUUUUGGCUUCAUGUGCCACUGAGCAACUUUCCUAGGAAUGAACGGGGCCCCGCCUCCGACACUGUAUCCAGUUCUCUUUGUACAUCCGUGUCCCUCACCAGUCAACAACAAAAUACAAUAUUGAUAUCAUGUUGGUCCAAUGACAGUUUCCAAAUUUCAUCUUCAAAUCUCUACAACGGUAAAGCAAUAGUCCAAAUUUCCUUUUUUCAGAUUUAGAGGUUACGUUUCACUUCGUUAUCGAGCAGUAGGCCUAGAUAGCUGCUUCCGUUAGCUAACGCAACAGUUGGCUUGUUGUAGCAGCCCUGAAGGGCUGUUGAGGACUGUUGUUAAAGCCUCUGGAAAUGUGGCUUUAAAUAGUAAAAAUGAUAUCAAAUGAUAUCAAAGUUGAGUGUCUCAUUAAGCAUCCACAAAAAUCUGAAUGAAAAAAAACAUUCAUAACUAUUAGAAAACCUAGCUCCAAAACAACUCAUUUGGCUGCUCAAACCAUUUCUCAGGAUUGUGGGGAAGAGCUCACUCUCAGCUCAAGUACCAUUUCAUUUUCCAUUCAAUGUUGACAUGGUAUAAACUACUAAAUCUAUGAAAUGGACUCUUCUUGGGUUAGAAAGCUUGACAAAUCAACUAAUUAGAAAACUAGGUUAGAACACCCAAAUCUGUGUUUUUAUUUAACUGUAUCUCCCAGAGUAUAGCGCCAACAGUAUUAGCAUUCUCCAUUCAUAUAAAUUAAACGGUUAGCAUAGCUUAAACGUUUUGCUAUUAACUACAAAAUAUAUCAAAUGGACCCUACUUGGUUGAAAGCUUGGACAAUUCACUAACUAACAAAUUAGGUUAGACCACCCAAAUCUGUGUUUUUAUUUAACUGCGCUUCCACACAGACCACACAUAUUUGUGUUUUAUUGAACUAUACCAUCCAGACUAAGAAGCUAAGUGCUUUAGCAUCUUUCAUUCACUUACAUGAAACCGUUAGCAUUAGCUUUGCUAUGCUACAUUUUGGAGCUACUUAUCCAGAUUUGGGUGGUGUACCCCAGUCUGCUGGUUAGCUUAACACAGUAAUUUUCAAACCAUGUCAGGCUCAUUUGAAUUUAUCAGUGUAGCUAAAAAAAAAGCGCCGUGCAUUGUUUUCUCAUGGAGGAGACGAUAUGACUUUAAGCUAACAGGAGAAUGGAUUUGGACUGGGGGCUGCAGCAGCCUCAGGACGCCACCGAGGAGCAGCUGGAGAGCUCCGCUCUGUCCGGGCUGGACCCUCAGCGGGACUACAGUGACAUGCUGCAACCAGACGUACCACUGCUCUAAGCUUUCUGAGAGACUAUUGACGACAAUGUCAUCCAUGACCUGUAAUAAGAACCCCUUCGAACUCCCCGAAACAUAUGAAUUCAUGAAGGUUUUGGGACAAGGCGGCUUUGGAGUGGUGCUGAAAUGUCUGAAGAAAGACACAAAAGACAUUGUGGCUGUAAAGAUCCCAAGACACGACCACGACCACAACGCUACUGACAUAAAGGAGUUUUGUAUGCUGAAGAACUUGAUGCACCACAACUUGGACAAAUACAAUAUUGUCAAGUUUUAUGAUUGGUUUGAGGUGAGGAAUGGAAAGGCCCUGGUCUUCGAGUCGUUGGACAUCAGCUUAGGCAAAUACAUUCGCUAUCAUCACCCAUUAUGUCUGAGUAAAAUCAGAGUCAUCAUCCAACAGUUGGCCACAGCAUUCGACGCACUCAAGAGAAUCAGAGUGAUCCAUACUGAUGUCAAACUAGACAAUAUAAUGGUGGUGAAUCGCUGGACUAAUCCCCUCAGAGUCAAGUUGAUAGACUUCGGUUUGGCCACGCCCGCAACUCAAACCUGGACGGGCAUGAGAUUGCAGACAGUUUACUACAGGGCUCCGGAAAUCAUUUUGGGCCUUCCAUGUUCGGAGGCCAUUGAUAUGUGGUCACUGGGAAGUGUGCUGGCUGCCAUGAUCCUCGGCUGUAUACUGUUCCCUGCAAAAGAUGAAUAUGAAGCAAUGCAAUUCAUGACUGAACUCCUGGGUCAGCCAGCGGACGAUCUACUGAGGAAGGGAAGGAAAACACACUGUUUUUUCAACAAGACUGACACCGACGGCUGGAGGCUGAUGACACCUGAAGAGUACUGGGGGAAAUUUCAUCAGCCUCGCAUUGACCACAGGAAGUUCAAACAUCCCUCUCUGGAUUACUUGAAACAGAUUCGUCAAGAGGAUAGCUGUGAUGAAGCUGUGGAUUGGGAGAAAUGUACUGAGCUUCUGAAGGCAAUGCUCAAAAUAAAUGAGGCUGAGAGGAUUACCCCCAGUGAAGUCCUCACUCAUCCUUUCAUUGCACAAGGCUGCAACAACUCUCGCAAUGAAGCUCCAGAGGCAGCAGCUGCUCAACCCAGCCAGACCCAGACCCAGACCCAGACCGAGUCCGAGUCCGAAGUGCCAGCAGAGAAGACCACGGUAGAUGAGAGGACACGUGGAGCCCUCAGUCCAACUUCCACACAGCUGCCGUUAAGUCAGGAGAGCGCAAUCAGUGAGGUGCUAGCUUCAGCCAGUGAGCACCCUGUUUGUGACCCUCCUGCCCCUGCUCUGACGGAUGAAGCCACUAACAUCCACCCAGACCACCACAGUCGCUCUCCAAAAAUUUCACGGACGGUCAUAAUUAUGGUUCGUCCUGCCACAGCCGAGAACACCGUGGCACUGGAAAGUGAGGAGAGUGACACCAGUUCGCAGUCUGGGAUGUCAGAGUCUUCGCUGGAAGUCAGUGACAGUGACAUGUCUUGGACAUCUGAGGACUCCACCACAUCUGAUGACUCCGGGACCACAGAGGAGGAGGACAAGAAGAUGACGAAGAAGAAGAAGAAGAACUGCUUCCGGCGCUUCUUCUCUUGGAUGAAGAAGAACUUUUGCUGCUGCUGGACCGGUGUCGAAGAGGACGAUUAAGGUAAGAAGGGAGGAUCUGUGAAGGUUUUUAUAGCAUGAUUUUCUAUAAAAAACCUUCCCAGAUCUUCAAGGUGAGUUGGACACUCUAAAUUGUAUAGGAAGUAUUCAGUGAAGAAAAUACUUUUAAGAGUAGGCAUAAAACUUUCCUUUUUGAUAAAGCUUAUAGUUAGGGCCGCCCAGGCUCGCCUUGGAUCAGCCCUUAGUUAUGCUGCUAUAGGCCUAGACUGCCUUCCCAUGAUGCAUUGAGCUCCAGUCUCCUCCUCCUCCUCCUCUCCAUCUGUAUUCAUUCAUGUACCAUUAAUGCAUGUAACUAACUUGGCUUCUUCCC